GGCAACGCGGCCAUGGCCAAGGAGCGGCGGAAGGCCGUGCUGGAGCUGCUGCAGCGGCCGGCGAACGCGCGCUGCGCGGACUGCGGCGCCCCGGAUCCUGACUGGGCCUCAUACACCCUAGGGGUGUUCAUCUGUCUGAGCUGCUCUGGAAUUCACCGGAACAUCCCUCAGGUCAGCAAGGUGAAGUCCGUCCGCCUGGACGCCUGGGAGGAUGCCCAAGUGGAGUUCAUGACCUCCCGCGGAAACCAUGUUGCCAGAGCCACGUUCGAGUCCAAAGUGCCCGCCUUCUACUACCGGCCCUCGGCCUCCGACUGCCAACUCCUGCGGGAACAGUGGAUCCGGGCCAAGUACGAACGGCAGGAGUUCACCCACCCCGAGCGUCAGGAGCCCUACUCUGCAGGGUACCGAGAAGGCUUUCUCUGGAAGCGCGGCCGGGACAACGGGCAGUUCUUAAGCCGGAAGUUUGUGCUGACGGAACGCGAGGGGGCCCUCAAGUAUUUCAACAGAAGUGACGCCAAGGAGCCCAAGGCCAUCAUGAAGAUCGAGCAUCUGAAUGCCACCUUCCAGCCGGCCAAGAUCGGUCACCCACAUGGCCUGCAGGUCACCUACCUGAAAGACAACAGUACUCGAAACAUCUUCGUCUACCACGAGGACGGCAAGGAGAUGGUGGACUGGUUCAACGCGCUCCGUGCUGCCCGCUUCCACUACCUGCAGGUGGCCUUCCCAGGGGCCAGCGACGCGGACCUGGUGCCGAAGCUGUCCAGGAACUACCUUCAGGAAGGCUACAUGGAGAAGACGGGGCCCAAGCAGACGGAAGGCUUCCGCAAGCGCUGGUUCACCAUGGACGACCGGAGGCUCAUGUACUUCAAGGACCCCCUGGACGCCUUCGCCCGCGGGGAGGUCUUCAUCGGCAGCAGGGAGAGUGGCUACACGGUGCUGGACGGGCUCCCGCCGUCCACCCAGGGCCACCACUGGCCGCACGGCAUCACCAUCGUCACGCCAGAGCGCCGGUUCCUACUAGCCUGCGAAACGGAGUCAGAGCAGCGGGCGUGGAUGGAGGCCUUCCGGAAGGUGGUGGACAGGCCCAUGCUGCCCCAGGAGUACGCAGUGGAAGCCCACUUCAAGCACAAACCCUAGCACGAGACGGUCCUGGCGGCCUGAGGACUCCGGACUCACCAGACGUGGCAGGCGAGGCGGUGGCGGCGGCCGGCGGAAGGAGGAACCCGGCAGCCCCCGACGUGGCCAGGUGGGGCCUGAGCUUUAGCCGCUAGGACCUGUUUCUUUGGAACACCACUGGGAGCCGGCCCGGCCCGACCCCGCCAUGCCGCUGCCCCCGGUGUGACGCCCACGGCCCCCCCCUCGCCUCCCCGCCCGCCAGACCACCUCCUCUGAGGCCCCCCAGCUGCCGCCACCCACCUCCGCGGGACCCCACCCCUGACCAGGAGGCCGGGCUGCGGGGACAGAGGGCCUGCCUGCAUGCCCCCAACCCCGCCGUGUCCCCUCACUCCCCCCACCCUCCCCCAACAAGUAUUUAUUGAA